AUGGUUAAGAAACCUUCGGGAUGGCUAUGGCUGCUGUCCCUUCAGGUCCCUCUUCUGGUCCUCGUCUUUUCUGGUGCCCUCGAAACCUCUACCGGCUCUGCAACAAGCUCCAUCUCCGCCGGCCGACCCCUCGCCGGCGACAGCACCUUGGUCUCCCAUGGCGGGGUCUUCGAGCUGGGUUUCUUCUCCCCGGGUAAGACUGGUAGAUUCUACGCCGGCAUCUGGUACACGAAGGUCUCCCGAAGAACCCCGGUGUGGGUGGCUAACAGGGCGGCACCGCUUCGUAGCGCCGCCGCCUCCGAGCUCUCCAUCUCCGGCGACGGCAACCUGGUCCUCCUCGACGAGGCCAAGCAACCCGUCUGGUCCACCAACGCCACCUCCAUAUCCUCCAACUCCACGGUGGCGGAGCUUCUGAAUACUGGCAACCUGAUUCUGAGAGACGGGCUCGACUCAGGAAACGUCUUCUGGCAGAGCUUCGACCACCCGACGGACAGCUGGCUCCCAGGCGGCAAGCUGGGGAUGAACAAGCUCACCGGCGAGGUCCAGCGGCUGGUCUCAUGGAAGAACUCCGAGGACCCUGCCCCGGGGAUCUUCUCCCUCGAGAUCGACCCUAGCGCAAGCAGCAGCCAAUACUUCAUCCUGUGGAACUCCUCCCACGAGUUCUGGUCCAGCGGCGCCUGGAACGGCCGGAUCUUCAGCAACGUCCCCGAGAUGGUCCCCGGUUACAUCUACGACUUCGCUUUCGUCUCCGGCGAGGAGGAGACCUACUUCACCUACAACACCACGCUUAGCAGCGACGUGAUCUCCAGGUUCGUGGUGGACAUCUCCGGCCAGAUAAAGCAGCUCACCUGGAUCGCCGGCGCCGGCGAGUGGAUGCAGUUCUGGUCGCAGCCGCGACCGCAGUGCGACGUCUACCGCCUCUGCGGGCCAUUCGGCAUCUGCAGCGAGAAGACGAUGCCCCACUGCGCCUGCGCAAUGGGCUUCGAAAAGGCCUCGCCGGUGGACUGGGAACUCGGCGACCUAACCAGCGGCUGCGCAAGGAGGACGCCGCUGAAGUGCGGUGGCGAGGACAGGUUCUACACCAUGCCCAACGUGAGGCUGCCGGCGGAGCCGGCGGCGGCGACGGCCCGCAGCGCCGAGGAGUGUGAAUCCGCGUGCUUGGGCAACUGCUCUUGCACCGGUUAUUCCUACGACGGGGGAUGCUCCCUGUGGUAUGACGCUCUGUUCGAUCUGCAGCAGCUCCCCGAUAGUAUCCGAGGCGGGGGGACCCUCCACCUCCGCCUGGCGGUGCUCGAGUUCCCGUCGCCGGCGUCGGGGAAGAAGGCGACCGUGGAGAUCGCUGUCGGCACCAGUGCUGGGGCCGUGGCCGUCGUGGCUCUCGCCUUGGCAAUGGUUUGGCGCUGGCGCCAGAGGAAGUUCCGUGGUUUGAGGCUGGUGGAGGGGUCGCUGGUGGUUUUCAGGUACAGUGAGCUGAAACGUGUGACGGGGAACUUCUCCGACAAGCUCGGAGGAGGAGGGUUCGGGUCAGUGUACAGAGGGACAAUGGGGGACUCCACCGAGGUGGCCGUGAAGAAGCUGGAAGGCCUCAGGCAGGGAGAGAAGGAAUUCCGAUCGGAGGUCUGCACCAUCGGAACGAUCCAGCACGUCAACCUGGUUCGCCUCCGGGGGUUCUGUUCGCAUCGCUCGAGGAGGCUGUUGGUCUACGAUUACAUGCCCGGAGGUUCACUGGACCGCGCUCUGUUCAGGGGCCAGGCGGCGCCGCCGGUGGGGUGGAAGACGAGGUACCAGAUAAUCCUGGGGACCGCCAGGGGGCUGGCCUAUCUGCAUGAGAGGUGCCGUGACUGCAUCAUCCACUGCGACAUCAAGCCGGAGAACAUCCUCCUAGACGGCGAGUUCAUCCCCAAGGUGGCAGACUUCGGCAUGGCCAAGCUCGUGGGGAGGGAAUUCAGCCGCGUCCUCACCACCGUGAGGGGAACCAGAGGCUAUCUCGCACCGGAGUGGAUGUCUGGGGAGGCCAUCACCGCCAAAGCCGACGUCUACAGCUUCGGGAUGAUGCUAUUCGAGAUUAUCUCCGGGAGGAGGAAUUCGGAGGAGAAGGGAGAGGAGAAGUACGCCUUCUUCCCCGCGUGGGCCGCCAAGAAGCUGCUCUCCGGUGAACUCCUCGGCCUGGUGGACCCGAGGAUGGAGGAGGAAGCCGACAUGGAAGACCUCACCAGAGUUCUGAGAGUCGCCUUUUGGUGCGCUCAGGAAGACGAGACCCUCAGACCAUCGAUGGGCCACAUUAUCCAGAUCCUUGAAAGAGCUAUCGAUGUUGAGUUCCCCCCCAUUCCGAGGUAUCUCCAACUUCUCUGGGAGAACCCAGAUGCCGUGGAGUUCUCCAGCACCGGCGUCUCGUCGGUGCAGUUCUCCGACGUCCUUGCCGGCGGCUUCUCCUCGAGCUCUCAGAGCACGAGCCACGCUUCCUCGGCGGCGAACCUCCGAAGCUUUCCCUCCGGCGAUCCCUCCCGGUGA